AAGACGUACCGCCAAGCGAUUUAGCGUUCCGGUACGAUGCCGUGUAGAAACCGAAAGGGGUGUGGAUUUUGAUCCUCCUCCUUACAAGUUAGCCCGCUUCCAUUUAAGACUACAUCAUCACUUACCAUCAGGUGAGAUUGUAGUCAAGGGCUAACUUGUAAACAAUAAAAAAAAAAUACUCUCUGGUUUAACCAAUAUUAAAUUUGUGCGAUACCAGCAUUUGUCUACGACUACGUCCAAUACGUCACAAAACGGAACUGAUGAGUCAGUAACAAGUAACAACGAAACUCAUACUAUACAAAUAUACUAAGAAAUUGGAAUGUCUGUCUGUGAAUAUAAAGAUACAGCCAUUUUCAGAGUGACGGCUAGCAGAACAGCAGGCCUAUUCACUAACUUUAAGUAACUUUAAUAGAUAUACACGAGAUUUACCUAAUUUUAUAUAUUUGUAAACUCAAUUAUUUGCCUGUCCACAAUGUUUGAAAGGGCUGAAUCGUUGUAAAUAUAAUAAUUUUCAUGUAAUAUAAUUUUGAUCCUUCGUUAAUAAAGUUAGAGAAUAAUAAACAGGGUGAACAUGAAGCCCAAUGACUUCAUUUUUAGAGUAGUAUAGUAGGUUGUAGGAGUGUUUUAAAAAUUGUUUUAAGAUUAAUUAAACGAAUCGUAUCUGCUAUUCGCGCAUCUAAUAUAUUAUAUACGAUCGAUCAUUAAUUUUUCAAAUUAUAAAAUUGAAAAUUUUGAAUUUUGAAACAACCGAAGGCAAUGAAAUUAUUAACUACACCCUUGAUCAAGUCAUCAAUAUUUAAGGCGCUUUCAUUUGAGACCCCACACUAAUUUAUUUGCAGACAUUCAGUUAUUCUUCCCGACUUUCACCUCCCACAACUUUAAAGGUUAAGGUUAAAAAUCAGCAGAGAAAGUCGCAGGCAAAUUACUAAUUAGGCCUAACUUAAUUUAGUAUAGGUAUAAAUUAGUACAAAACAUUGGCAUGUCACUGACUCACGGGGUUUAUAAAAACAGCAGAACGUAGGCCAUUGUUGACAUUUCCUUUGGUGCCUUUAAAAGUGAAACGAUUCUAUUUAUCACAAGUUAUUGAUAAAAAAAAACCCGCAUUUUUCGUGGAAACACUUUUUAUACCAACGACCGUCAGUUAAGCGUCGCGCCUCGUAGAAUUAAGUACUGUUUAAUUGUGAAUUAAUUAAUUAAUUUAAUUAACAUUAUCAUGGAUUACACGACAUUCGUCUAUUUUGUACUUCUCCAUUGCUCGAUUAACGCACUGCCUUACGAAACAGAUUCACACGAAAGCGGAGAAAUUACUGUAAGCUUCGACGAUGACGACAAACACGAUAUAUUCCUAGACGAACAAGAACAAAAAACGAUCAUCGACAAUUUAGAAAAAAUAUUGAAAGAAGAGGAAAUAGAGAAACUUUUAGGCGAACAACAAAAAGAAGAGAAACAAGGAAAGGAAUCUGAGUUAGAAAGCGAACAACAAAAAGAAGGAAAGGAAUAUGAUUUGGAGAGGAAAGUCAUUACAGAUAAACCAAGACCAGCAAAGUACGAAGUGACAGAGAACGUUAUCGACGUACCAGAUGACAGAACACGAGGACCCAUUGUAACUAACUAUUCCAUCACAAGACCUCUUAACACACCAGCAGCUCCCACUUCUACUACAGAAGUGAGCGAAAAUGACAAAAACAAUAACGAAGGAGACAAAAGACCAGCAAGUGGUGGUAGCGACGUAAACAAAGUUGAGGAAGGAUCAGGUAAAAAGAAUUAUAUAAGCAUUUUACACGUGAAAGCUGAAAUCGACAAUACUGACAAACAUAACAACGACAAGAUAGAGUCGAGUAAUUCUGAUUUUGGAUCACCUCACGUUUCAGGUAUCAAAGAAUAUUUCAAUGGCAUCAAGAAAGGUAUAGUGAAUGGAUUCAACAGCAUCAUCAACUUGCAGCAUAGGACCGAAGCAACUCAUGCACCCGAAGAACCAACCGGACCUUUCGGCUUCCUAAAUAAGAUAACCAGAAAGAGCUCUCAGUUUGCGCAAUCUAUUCACAAUCAUAUAUUUGGAGACCAGGAAGAUUUUUAGGUUAUUAUCAGUAUUAAAAAUGCUUUAGGCUACGAAUAUAUUUAUUAAAACUGA